GCAGACCCUGGCAGCAUGUCUUCCUCAGGAGUCAACCUGUUCCACCUGCCUUCGGAGACGCCCGUCAGCAAUGAAGUCAAAUUCUCCCCAUCGGCUGGAGAUGGUUCGGAAGACGAGGACUACUCAGCGAGCCUUAGCGCAGUGCUGCGUCAGCGAAGAGCUAGCGUGAGGAGGUCACGAAAGGGCAGAGCGAGGCGGCCUUCUUCACCCUUCCUCGCCGACGAAACCAGGCCUCGUAGGCGGUCUUCUGUCUUCACCACCAGCUCUGGGGACACUGCCAUAUCGAUGGAGGACGGCCAGUUGGCGGUAGCUACGCAGGAGCAAAUCUUCGAGAACAUUCACUUGCACAAGGAAGUCUUGGGCUCCGUGAAGCAGCAGCCCCUCGGAAUGCGAAGGAAACUCAAGAUCGUACAUCAGGCCAAAGCAUACAUCAAACGUCAUGAGGGCCAACUCCAAGAAAGGCUGGCUCAGUCGAAGAGCACGAGAGACAUCUACGCCAGAUUCAAUAUCUUGCUGAAUUCGUACUGGCAACAAAUGAAACGUGAGGCAGCAAACACUUCGAACCUGCUGAUUCCUUGGGAGCUGCGCAUCAAGGAGAUCGAGUCACACUUCGGCUCCGUGGUGGCUUCGUACUUCACCUUCCUUCGCUGGCUGUUCUGGGUUAACCUGGUUAUCGGCUUCGUGCUUCUCGUCUUUGUUAUUGUACCUGAGUAUCUAACAGCGAAUCCGCAGCAAGACGGCGAAAGGAAGACGAUCAUGGAGGAAGAGAAACAAAACGCUACGAAUCUUUUGACUCUGUGGGAGUUCGAGGGUGUCCUGAAAUUUUCGCCCAUCUUCUACGGUUACUAUAGCAACGUGGAACGAGCUCAGUACCGCAUGCCUCUCGCAUACUUCCUGACGGGACUCGCCGUUUAUAUUUAUAGCUUCGUGGCCAUACUGAGAAAGAUGGCAGAGAACUCAAGAAUGUCAAAAUUAUCGGAAAAGGAAGACGAAUGCAUAUUUUCAUGGAAACUUUUCACGGGGUGGGACUUCAUGAUCGGCAAUACGGAGACCGCACACAACCGUAUUGCAUCCGUCAUUCUAGGAUUCAAAGAAGCUUUACUGGAAGAAGCCGAAAAGAAAAAAGAUUUGAGGAACUGGCGCAUCAUAUCCCUGCGUGCGCUGGUGAAUGUGUGCGUCGUCAUACUGCUGGCAGUGUCAGCCUACGCCGUCGUCACCGUCGUCUAUCGCUCAGACGAUAACUUGCUGGUGAGAAGCUGGUGGCGAGAGAACGAAACGACAAUAGUUGUCACGGUUAUCUCCAUAACAUUUCCUGUAUUUUUUGAACUGCUUGGAUUCCUGGAGCAUUAUCACCCACGAAAGCAGCUCAGGUUACAACUAGCCAGGAUCAUGUUGUUGAAUCUCCUCAAUCUUUACUCCCUUAUAUUUGCUUUAUUCAGCAAAAUUGAGGGCAUGAGCAAGGAACUGGAUUCGUUAAAACCAACACUUAAUUUAAAUGCAACUAUAACACCGAAUGAAACAUUGAAUCUAAGUGAAUCUUAUACAACAAGAUUACCAGACUUUUGCGUUGAGCAGAUAAUUUCGUGUGGGCCCUGCGACAUACAGAUUACAUUACCGGUGAAAUUAGCUGACGGGAUUGUUUUAAAAACAGCUUCAGCGCCAUUCCCAAAAAAACUGGCUCCUAAAAUACUCUUGAGACGUCCUCGCCAAAUUGUAACUUCUGCGUCAAACACCAAAAAAGAAGACAACUUUGAUAAUAUUGAAACUACUACAAUUGACAGUAUAUUGUUGGGAAUAAAAGAACUGGAAAGAUUGAGAAACAUAAGCAUUCAACAAACGCUCAAUUUUACAAAUGACAAUGAUACUAAUGCAGAUUUAGAUGAAUACGAAUAUACAUUCUAUGACACUGCUGAGUCAACCACAGCAGCAAAAACGGACACCUUCAAUAAUUUUACAUAUGAUGAAUAUUCGAGCACUGUAACUGAUUACAAUUCAUUCGAAUUUGUUAAUACAAAUGAACAUACUAGUACUGAAACUUCUACAGUUACAGAAAGUUCCGAUAUGACAUAUACCAUCAAUGAUUAUAGUGAUGGCAUGGAUACUACCACAGAUAGUGAAACAACGGUCACUGAUACUGAAUUUGUAUCAUAUAUAAACAUAUUUGAAACGACCAGUGAUAUUGAAGGUUUAGAAACUGGAGAAAAUACCGAGACGACAAGAAACAGUGUAACUGACUCCACGUACUCGAUAGAUACAACUACUAGUAUGGACGUUACAGACAGUACGAUUAAAUAUACAACUGAGUACGAUGUUAUAGAAACAUCUACUCCAUAUUCCACUUUACAACCUACAAAAGCUCACGACAAGGCCAAAAAUUAUGAUAUCGCGACUGAGGUUACAAUUCAAUCUGCAGUGACCAAUACUUUGAAAACUACAACGAUUGCAACCGUCGAAAUUUGUCCUGAUUUUACAUUCAAUUGUACAGUAAACUGUAAUGGAAGCAAUAUCAAACAAGUAUUUUUCAUGUCAAACUGUACUAUUGUCAAAAGAGUCUGCUACGUAAAACUGUGUCCUUCCAAUAUAAACGAUAUGGUGAAUUCAAAGAAUGGUACAAAUGUGACUAUUAUAGAUAUAGUAUAUAUUGAAAAAGACAGGAAGAUGUAUAAUUUAUCUGUGCCUACCAGGAAAAAGUUACUCAAGUUAUGCUGGGAAACCAUGUUCGGGCAAGAGCUAGUAAAGUUGACAAUGAUGGACCUGGUUUUCGUCCUGCUUGGUACACUAUUCAUGGAUUUCUUUCGCGCCCUCUUUGUUCGAUACAUGAACAGAUGCUGGUGCUGGGACCUCGAAAAGAAAUUCCCUGAAUACGGAGACUUUAAAAUUGCCGAAAAUAUUCUUCAUCUUAUAAACAACCAGGGAAUGGUCUGGAUGGGAAUGUUCUUUUCCCCAGGACUAGUUGUCCUGAAUGUUGUGAAGCUGAUGAUCAUGAUGUACUUACGUUCCUGGGCAGUGAUGACCUGUAACGUCCCUCACGCAGUCGUCUUUAGAGUUUCCAAAAGCAAUAACUUCUACUUAGCCUUACUGCUAACGAUGUUAUUCCUCUGCGUACUUCCAGUUGGAUACACCAUAGUUUGGGUUAAGCCGUCGUGGCACUGUGGACCUUUUUCCGAAUACGAUAAGAUUUAUUAUAUCUUAACAAUUAAUAUAUACAAAAUAUUACCCAAUAGCCUGAAUUUUGCUCUGGAGUAUAUAGCUUCACCUGCAAUAGUUAUUCCUCUGCUUGUAUUAUUAAUAUUGAUAAUUUACUAUUUAACAUCACUGACAAACUCAUUGAGAGAAGCGAAUAAUGAUUUGAAGAUACAAUUACGCCGUGAAAGAACUGAAGAGCGCAGGAAAAUGUUUCAACUUGCUGAUACGAGGAGAAGAGCUGGUUCCUCAGCUAUGGAUAAUACGCCAUUUGCAAGAUGGAAAAAGGCUUUACCUUCAUUGCCAAUGAGCAAAUCAAUUGAUUCAGAUGACCGAAAGACUCUGACGGAGGAAAUGAACGAACCUAUUAAGAUUUCUAAGAAAAAAGGUGGUAUUUUCGCCAAAAUAGUUGGUAUGGCACUUGAUAAAAAAACUGACGUAGGAGCCGUUUCCGAAGUGGAUGAUCCCUCCCCUUUGCCUAACAAUGCUGACGACGAAACAGAUACAGAUUUUCAUGAAACCCUUCCUCGAGACGUACUGAAAAUAAAAGACAUUUUUAUACUUAAACCGGAUCAGAAAGCCAAGACUAGUGUGGAGUUCAAAACUGAUGGUGCGAAAAAAUAUAAAAUGAAUGAAAUAUUUAAUAAAGGUCUGAAAGUCAAGCUUGAGAAAAUUGAUGAUCGUACUGAAAAAAAAGCAGUUAUUGAAAAACAAAUACAAGAUGCAAAAGAAGCAACUAAAGCCAAAAUUGUGAAAGAAAUAUCCAAAGAAAAGUGUGAUGGGAAGAAGUUCAAUGAAAAGCAGACAUCGCAGUCCAGUAAUCAGUCGAAGCAGUCUGAUUCUAUUAGCUCUGUUAUACCCGUUAUAACUAUCAGUACCACAGAAAGUGAUGAAGAGGUGCUGUCACAAAAAGAGAAUAAUGGUCAACAUGGUCAGAAAAUAAAACGCGACGGAAAAUCUAGGAAAACUCCUGAUUUGAAAUCCCUACGACGACAAAGUAGUGUGGAAAGCAUUAGUGAAAACAAACCGUCUCAAGACAAGACGCAAGAUGAUGGUCAUAAAUAUCAAUAUUCCCUGUAAUUCAUCGUAGUAUUAAUACAAAUAAAUGUUUAACUUUGUAGUUUAA